UCUCUUCCUGCAGAAGAAGAGAGAGGGAAGGGGAGCUUUGCAUCCCCUGUUCCCUCUGCUGCGUGUUGGGUUUCGUUUUUUCUACCCCUCUUGACUGCUUUGAUGCAUUAAUAGCAGGACACUGGUUUUCAAGGAACUUUGCUCCCUUCCCACCCUGCCUCCUCCCAGCCCUUUGGGAAGAGUGUGUGUGUGCGCGUGAGUGUGUGAAACCGCCGUCCCACCUCCCCAAACCCCCCUGCUCCCCUCCGCCUCCCCCUGCAACCUGUAGGCUGUGCAACCCCUGCAGGCUUUGCUCCCUUUCCCCCCCUCCUUCCUUCCCCUCUUCUUUUUGCGCUCCCGCAGAUUGCUGUGCGAAUUCCCCCUUCCGAGGCGAGAAAAAGCAGAAAGAAGGAGAAAACGGACAAAAAGACAAAAAGCAAACCUAGAGCCCCCCCCCCCCCCCAACGCCAAAAGCAAAGCAGGAGGGUCUAGCACCCCGAGAAUAAACCCCAGAGCGGGGCGCCUGCACGCAGGGGCUGCACUUUCCGCCCUUCUUGAAUUUUUAUUUUUGUUUCUCUUUUUUGCCCCAGAAGGGGCAAGCGGGAAGCCAGCGCAGCCCGCCCCCCCCCCCCCCCCCGCGGCACCCCCCGCACCCCGUCCCGCAGCAUCCCCGCCGCGAUGCUGCUGCGGCUCCUGGUGCUGCUGGGCGCCUGCCCGGGGCUCUCGCGGUGCCUGGGCUCCUUCGUGCAGUGCGAGCCCUGCGACGGCAAGGCGCUGUCGCUGUGCCCGCCGCCGCCGCUGGGCUGCGAGCUGGUGAAGGAGCCCGGCUGCGGCUGCUGCCUCACCUGCGCCCUGCCCGCCGGCCAGCCCUGCGGCGUCUACACCGAGCGCUGCGCCCGCGGGCUCCGCUGCCUCCCGCGGCAGGGCGAAGAGAAGCCGCUGCACGCCCUGCUCCACGGCACCGCCGUCUGCCUCAGCGAGAAGAGCUACCGCGAGCAAGCCAAGGCCGAACGGGAGUCCCGAGAGCAUGAGGAGCCGACCACGUCAGAGAUGACAGAGGAGACUUACCCACCCAAGGCCUACCGGCCCAAGCAUGGGCGCCUCUCCGAGCUCAAGGCUGAGGCCCUAAAGAAGGACCGCCGUAAGAAGCUGACCCUGGCUAAGUUUGUGGGCAUGGCAGAGAACACGGCGCAUCCUCGCGUCGUCAUCCCUGAGCUCCGGCAGGAGUUUGAGCUGGGUCCUUGCCGCAGGCACAUGGAGGCAUCCCUGCAGGAGCUGAAGAGCAGCCAGCGGAUGGUCCCCCGUGCCGUCCACCUCCCUAACUGUGACCGAAAGGGCUUCUAUAAGAGGAAGCAGUGCAAGCCCUCCCGUGGCCGGAAGCGUGGGUUGUGUUGGUGUGUGGACAAAUACGGCAUGAAGCUGCCAGGGACUGACUACCUGAGCGGAGACCUGCAGUGCCACGCGUUCGACAGCAGCAACGUGGAGUGAAGUCGCAUCCCCUCCCUCCACCCCAUCACUACCUACCCAGGCUCCCUUCCACCCUCCCCUCCACACCUCCCCGCGCCCCGGGACUCCGAUUCCUUUCAUCUCAUGUAAGAAGAAAAAAAGACAGGAAAAGAAAAAGGAGAAAGGAAGGAAAAGGAAAAAAAAAAAGAGGAAGAGAAGGAAAGAAGUAAACAAAGGAAAAGCAAAAAGAAAAGAAAAAAGGAAGAAAGAAAA